CUCUUAGGUUGCGGUCAACAGACUCAAAAAAGGCCGGCAAUCUUUAUUUGUACUUUGUGCCCUAGUCGACGAACUAGGUGGCGAUCGGACACUCCCCAUAACGACGACGUCGUACCCGAUAUUUGAUCUUUCCCACCUCCUAGUUUCGAUUCUCGCAGCUCCACUCGACAAAAGUUUAAGCUCUCCUUCUUGCCUGCAUUAAAUCUCCCAGAAGCAGUAAUGAUCUACUCGCGAAAUUUUACAUUGAAAUUCACUCUUCAACGGCCUCCCCCUGAUUUUCUACUUAGGUCAUCGGAAAACCUAGUCGGGUCUAUAUCUCAAAUCCCUAGACUAUACAGAGCUGAAAGAGCAGUUCCGCCUGCCCGUUGUGAAGAUCUUGAAGCGGCUGUGAAUGCUGCCGGUCUCACCAGCAAGCAGGCCCUAAAAGAAGCAAAAGUUGCUUUGCUGGAGUAUCUGCAUGCUACUAGAAGCAUCCAGUACUUGGAUGCGGAUCAUAUGAGUAGAAACUCGCCUUACUUUCUUGAGGGGCUUCUGAAGAAAGUAGUCAUAGCGGGGAACAUUGGGCGAUCAGUUUCCAGGUAUUUGCGUUAUCAUCCCAUCAAUGAAUUUGAGCCCUUCUUCGAAAGCAUCGGUCUAACACCCUCUGAAUAUCCAUCUAUUUUACCCAAAAAUAUGAUGUUUUUGAGUGACGAUCAACUGUUACUGGAGAACUAUUACGCUCUUUGUAACUAUGGGAUUCCUCGUAAUAAGAUAGGAAAGAUAUAUAUGGAAGCAGCUGAAGUGUUUCGAUAUGAUUAUGGGGUUUUACCGUCAAAGCUUCGAGCUUAUGAAAGAUUGGGUCUUGGCCAGCCUACUCUGCUAAAAGUCAUUGCUUCUAGCCCAUACCUUCUGACUGGAGAUUGUAACCCUGAUUUUGUUAAGGUUAUUGAGAAGUUUAGGCAUUAUGUUAAGGAUAUUAACUGGAUUGAGGGACAUUUAUUGGAUGACACUUCUUGUAAUUGGAGCCAGAUGCUCAGGCUCCUGUGCUUUUUGGGCAGGGUUUUGACUGAGCAACAGUUAUCUGACAUAAUCAACCUGCACCCUGACUUUCUCUUUGAGGGAUCGGGAGGUAGUAGCACACUCUCCCUUAUUGUCUUCCUGCUAAAAUUUGGAUUGUCUGUGGAUCAAAUAUCCUUCAUAUUUAUAAAUUUUCCACCGAUAAGAGUGAGCAAAUUCCUUUCAAACUUGAGGCAUUGUUUUCUAUUCUUAAGUGAACUUGAAAUGGAGGCUGCAGAGAUUGGGAAGAUUUUCCGUUCUCACUCCUUAAUGUUGGGUUCAUUCACUUUGAAGAAAACCAAUAGUUUACUUUCUAACUUGAAUGUUGGGAAGAAGCGACUUCGGAUGUUCGUACAGGAUAAUCCGUUAGAAUUGAAGAAUUGGGAAUUGGGAAGAAGAGUCAAGCCUUUGCCGGGCACCGACGAAGAGAAAAUAUCCCGGUUGCGGAAGACAGAGUUCUUGUUGAGAUUGGGAUAUGAUGCGGACUCUAAAGAGAUGAAAGAUGCAUUUAAAUUGUUUAGAGGUAAGGGAGCAGAACUCCAGGAGAGGUUCAACUGUAUUGUUCAAGCUGGCUUGGAUCCUCAAGACGUGCAGGAAAUGCUCAAAGUUGCCCCUCAGAUUCUUAACCUCAGAAUAGAUGUAAUCAACCAGAAAAUUGACUAUCUUGUAAAUGAACUAAGACAUCCCGUAUCAACUUUAGUCAACUUCCCAUCUUAUCUUUCCUACAGUACUGAAAGAGUCCGGCUUAGGUUCUCAGUCUAUAAGUGGCUUGUAGACCAAGGAUGUGCUGAUCCCAAUAUUUCUUUGAGAGCUGUAAUUUCAUGCAGAGAGGACAUGUUCAUACAAUGUUAUGUAAAUCGCCAUCCAAGUGGCCCUAAAUUUUGGCAGGAUUUGAAGAAUGAAAUUUAUUGUCAGAACUAGCAUUUUAACUCUUUGGACAUACGAAUGAUCUAGACU